UGUCGAGUGCUGCGCUCCAUUGACAGGUUAAACGCUCCUUCAAUUCAGCCAAUAGCGAGCGUCGGUGGGUGGGGCUUUCGGAGAUGCUAAAGGCAGGUGAUGCCCUGGGUAGAACUCAUUGAUUCCCGUACCGGAGCGCUGGAGAGGAGCUGGGAGCACAGCGGGGGGGCGGUAGUUCAGUGGGGGUACCUUUACUGGAUCAGCAUCAUAUUGCCAUGGCUUUGUCGCAGUGCUUGGAUGACUCCCCGCUCCCUCGGCUCUUCCAGCGGGACAGUGACGCCCGGGUCCCGGACUGGUACAACGAGCGCCACCGACUGGCCCUGGAGGAGCUCGUGUCGGGGGGCCCCGACUCUUUCCACGCGUUCCUGAAGAAGGAGCGAAUCCCAAACUUCCUGUCCGACGACGAGGUCCACCGCAUCACGAGCUCUGCGGCGGUGCCGCGCUGCGCGUCCGCGUGUGGCGAGGACGCGGCGCUCGAGCACUCGCUCGGCGUGUCCGUGGACUGCUCCUCGGUCACUUAUUUCCCCGACGUGUCGGACGUGGAGCCGCCCGUCCUGGAGAUGGGCUGGCCGGCCUUCACCACGGGCUCCUUCCGCGGGAUCACCCGCGCGGUGGCGCACUUCCAGCCCGGCUACGGAGGAGAGUCAGAGUCUAUCUACAGCUGCAAGGAGGCGGCGAGGAGGAUGAUCCGGAGCGCCAAGGAGGUGAUCGCCGUGGUGACAGACUCCCUCACGGACCUGGACAUAUUCCGUGACCUGCAGGAGGCGUGCACCCGACGCCGCGUCCCUGUCUACCUGCUGCUGGAUCAGUCUUGCGUGCCGUCCUUCCUCCAGAUGUGCAGGAACGCGAGCGUCCGCCUCGAGGAGCUGCGGCUGAUGUGCGUGCGGACCAUAACGGGGCCCACCUACUUCCUGCGCUCCGGAGCCAAGAUCGUGGGGGAGGUUCAUGAGCGCUUCAUGCUGAUCGACGGGAACCGUGUGGCAACGGGGUCCUACAGGUUCAACUGGACCGACGGGAAGCUGAACAGCAGCAACCUCAUGGAGCUGUCGGGUCAGAUCUCGGAGAAGUUCGACGAGGAGUUCCGCAUCCUGUACGCCCAGUCUCUGCCCCUCCCUCAGCCGAAGGCCCCGCCCACAAAGUGCCAGGCCCUGCCCGGUGCCAAGAGCAACGGCGUCUAUGACCGGCUGCUCUUGAGGCCCCCCGUGCCGGAGCCGGCACGGCUGUCCAGCACGCCGACCCGCGCGGCCGCCGCUGGGGAUGGCGAUGGAGGCGGCCCUCCCUCGGACGUCUCCACCAUUGGGGACGACUGGAUGGAGCGGGAGCCCGCGGGGGACGUCCCGGCGCCUCCCGUGGUUCCCCCCGCUCCCAUGCGUGACGUGUCGACGCAGACCGGCACCGUCGCCGCCGAGAGCUCCACCCAGACCAGCGUUUCGAUGUCGGACGGCUCCGCGCAGACGGAACCGCCGGUCCGCCGGUCACAACCUACCCCGCCCACCUCCGCCUCGUCCGACUCGGAUCGCGACUCGCCGCCCCGCCGACCCGUGGCGCACUCGCCUCUGGUCCGCCACCCGCCCGAUGCCCACCUGAGGGACUGCUUCCGCAAGCUCACCAAGGAGCGCCAGUAUCACUACUCGACGAUACGCUCUAAGCUGGACCACAUGGUGGCGCUGUUGGCGCAGAGGCGCGAGCUGGGGGACCUCACGAACCUGCCGCUCGGACUCGGGGCGCGCAGGGUGAUGUGCAGGGCGCAGGGGCGCGGCACCGACCCUGCGCCUGCCAUCGUGGACAGCGUACCCAUGGGUCCCUGGUCCAGGACACGGUGCCUUCAGUAGAACUGCACGGUGCUGGAAACGCGAGAGAACGACACGUGUGUGUGUGUGUGUGUGUGUGUGUGUAUAAAAGUUACUCUUGUCUACAACACUGAGAUGUUUCACACUCUAACGUACUUUUAUUUUCGAUUGCCUGACACUGUCCUGCUGCGCAUCGUUUCUUACGAGUGGAGGCGACGUGAGCAGUAAGAGGGAGGAGGGCAGGGACACGGCGUCGUUUUUACCUUCGCAGCACAGGGCAAGUACUCUGAUCAAGGCUAAUGAUACUGGGGGCUGGGGAUUCGAACCCUCGUCCUUCGCGCUACGCCUGUGCACUUUGUAGUCCCUGAUUCCUGUUUCCUAAAAACACGUCAGUAAUUGCUGUAUUUGCUGUUGUAGUUUAUGGUUAUAUAAACACAAUCGCUGUAUUGAAAAUGUGUUCAGAA